GUGCACUCUAGCCCAACAUACAUUCUCAUUGAAUCGUCGCAGUAGCCGGAAUGUAGGUAAAUCUGUACAAGGAAAAGCCACCAGCAAAAAGCGUCCGUAGUAGGUCUGUAUCGCUCCUUCCCUGCAACUUAAGUUUCCCAGAUUUGGUUGCGGUUGUUCCUUCCACUUCUUUGGUUGUGAUCUCACAGUUUGACCUCACCCCGAAUUUGUACGCAUCGUCCAACUUCUCUCGUUACCUUGUCACCGCCCUCAUUGCCAUCACAAGUCAUCAUGGCUUCCUCAAUCGAGCUCUCCCUCUUACUCAACAACCUCGCGGCCGCAACAGCGAUCAUGGAGACCUUCACCAAAUCGUUGCAAGCCAAGGACUCCCAGAUGGAGGAGCUCAUCAAAGCGAAUCAGGCCAAGGACGUACAGAUCGAAGCCCUCACAAAGGUCAUCCAAGCCAAAGAGAACAAAGCGGAUUUCACUGCCAUGCGUGAGCAGAUUCUCGCCAACGCCCUCGUCUUGUGGCCGAUGGCGAGAGUCUCGGAUACGCAUUAUAUGCACGAUUCGACGCCUCCGGACUUCCAUAUGGUGGUCCACGGAAAAGACAGCUCCUUCCAGGCUGUUGUUGUUCACGGCCGCCCCAUGCGCGGCACAAAGCACCCGUUCAUCGAGGGCAACAGUGCAAAGAGUCCAGAAGAGGCAAUGCGUGUGUUGUUGGUGGCCACGAUGUCGCUACUCGACUACUUCAGUGAACUCUUUAUCAUGCUCGAUGAGGAUGAUGAGGACGAAUGCAAGACGACGGAAGGCGGACAGUGGUACGGGCCGGAAGAAGCUUGAAGCGGACGUCGCGCGGGUGUGGGCUCAUACUUCAGGAAUGGAACGUGAAUACGCCAACGUUUACUCAUGGC